AUUUUUAAAUUAUAAUAGAUUCCCAAGUAGGCUUUAAAUAUCAAAACCUUUUGGACUUGAACUUGGAAGCUUCAGUUUCAGAAGCCCUAAAAUUUUUGUUGAAACUAGUCACUGAAGAUACACUUCUUAAAUGCAAAGAAAUUUUCUCUCUUUACGGCCGCUCUUCCUGCGGGGGGUAGGCGAGUUGGGUACCUUGAAUUUACCCAACCGCCUUUCUCGGCCCUCGGUUGCUCUGAUGCAUGCUGCUGCUGCCAAACCACGUCCGGGGAAGAUCACCCCGAAGAUGGAGAAACUGCGAAAGAAAUUUCAGGCGGACAACGAUUUACCCGUUUUUCUCAAGGGUGGCAGCAUGGAUAAGCUUCUUUACCGGCUGACUUGGGUGCUGUGUUUCAUUGGCAUGGCCGGUGAUGUUCUUCUGUGGUUUGGCUACAUUUUGGCCUAAUCUUAUGACCUCAUAAUCGUCUUUAAACACUUCAAGCAAUAAAAUUGCAACACGCAAUAAUGUUCUUCGCCUCACACCCUAAACUUUAAACGGCUUGUGCUCUUGUCCUGUUUCUGUGUUCUGGUUUCAUGAAUACGGCAAUUCAAUUAAACUAUCAUCCGAAAUUA